UAUAAAACUGAACUUUGUCGUAGUUGGGAAGAAAAAGGAACUUGUAGAUAUUCUACAAAGUGUCAAUUCGCUCAUGGUCAAGAUGAAUUAAGACCUGUUAGUCGUCAUCCAAAGUUCAAAACCGAGAUUUGUCGAACAUUCUGUUUACAUGGAUCAUGUCCAUAUGGAAAACGAUGUUGUUUCCUACAC